AUGAAUUGUGUUAGUUGGAACUGCCGUGGGCUUUGGAACCCACGACGAGUUCGAGAGCUUUCGGAACUAGUGAAAGCAAAGAGCCCAAACCUGGUUUUUUUAAUGGAAACCAAGAAAAAGAAUUCUUAUUUGGAAAGGUUGAGAUGUAGGUUGAAGUUUGAUAACUUAUUCAUUGUGCCAAGGAGAAAUUGGGGUGGUGGCCUUGCUUUGCUUUGGAUGGACGAGCUGAAUCUGCACAUUCAGACUUUCUCUCCUCGACACAUCAACGCAGUGAUUAAUCUAGUAAUUGAUGACGCCUGGUGCUUCACGGGAUUCUACAGAGCUCCUGAAGUUGCCAACCUGGAAGAUUCUUGGUUUGUGCUCCGUCACCUAGCCUCACAGUACAAUUUAUUGUGGGUAUGCAUCGGUGAUUUCAAUGAAAUUGUGAAGGUCGAAGAGAAAUUGGGAGGAGCAAUUCGAUCCGAGAAAAAAAUGCAAGAUUUCAGAGAUUGUCAAGAUUUCUAUGGGCUUAAAGAUUUGGGUUUCACGGGCUUACCCUUUACCUGGUGUAACAUGAGGUUUGAUGGCUCUUUAGUUUGGGUUCGGUUAGAUAGAGUUUUAGCCACAGCUAACUGGAUCCUGAAAUUCCCCUCUAUUCGUCUCCAUCAUCUACAAGGUUUGUCUUCUGAUCAUAAACCUUUGUGGUUAGCUUCGGAUGAUGUAAAUACUCGGUUUUAUAGACCCCAAAAACCUUUUCGGUUUGAAGCCAUGUGGCUUAAAGAUGACCGUUGUGAGGAGGUGGUUCACUCGGCUUGGGAUAUGUGCCGAGAUGGGGACACCAAAGAUCUUCUAAAGGCAGAAAGUGACUCUAUGGCUAGGAGGGGUGGGCAUGCUCGGAUCAAAGCUCUCACUGAGGAGAUUCAUAAGGUGUCAGCGGAGAUGAAUGAGGUGUUGCUUAAGCCGUUUGUGGAGGAUGAUGUGAAGCACACACUAAAGCAAAUGGACGCAAACACAGCCCCAGGAUCGGAUGGCUUACCACCACUUUUUCUACAAACAUGUCCUAGAAAAGUUUCGGAUUUCAGACCAAUUAGCUUGAGUAAUGUCUUGUAUAAGUUGAUAGCUAAGGUCUUGGCAAAUUGCUUGAAACCUCUUCUGCCUAAUCUGAUUUUGGAGACUCAGAGCACCUUCCUAUCAGAGUGUCUCAUUACAGAUAAUGUCCUCAUAGCCCAUGAGACACUGCAUUACUUGAAAGAAAAGAGGUCAGGCAAAAUGGGUUACAUGGCUUUGAAGCUUGAUAUGUGGAAGGCUUAUGACCGAGUUGAGUGGGUCUAUGUAGAGAGGAUUAUGGAAAAGAUUGGUUUUAGUCCAAGGUGGAUUAAUCUGAUUGCUGCUUGUAUUCGUACUGUUACUUAUUCAAUCAUGCUUAAUGGUCAACCAUUUGGUUGGAUUACUCCAACCAGUGGGCUACGUCAGGGUGAUCCAUUAUCGCCUUAUCUUUUCUUAUUGGUAACGGAGGGCUUACACGCUCUUUUUGAACAAGCCGAGGGGAUUGGAGACAUUAGGGGAGUAUCUUUGUGCCCUACUGGUCCAAGCGUAUCCCAUCUCUUAUUUGCUGACAACAGUGUGGUGUUUUGUAGAGCUACAGUUUCUAAGUGUGUGAAGAUCCAAUCAAUACUGUAUCAAUAUGAGAAAGCUUCAGGCCAGUCCAUCAAUAAAGGAAAGACUAACAUUUUCUUCAGCUCUAACACUCUAUCUCGGACUAAAGAGGAUGUUUCUACCUUCUUGGGUGUCCCUGUUACUUAA